CCCAAUCCCCGCCCAAAACCCUCGCAUCCGCCCUCCAUGGCGCCGCCACCGGAGCUGAUCUCCGACGCCGUUGCCGAGGUCCUCCUCCGCCUGCCGCCGGACGACCCCGCGGGCCUCCUCCGCGCCUCCGUCGUCUGCAAGUCGUGGCUCCGCGCCCUCACCGAGCCCGCCUUCGUCCGCCGCUACCGCGACUUCCACGGCACGCCCCUCGUGCUCGGCUUCCUCCACAACCCGGUAAACCGCCGCCUCGCUCGCUUCGUCCCCACCACGGCAUUCCGCCCGCCCGCCGCCGCCGACCACCGCACCUCCGUCGUGCUCGACUGCCGCCACGGCCGCGCCCUCCUCUACGACUACAGAUCCUCGGAGUUCGUCGUCUGGGAUCCCGUCACAGGCCGCGAGCGCCGGAUGCCCGACGAUGUGCCCGAUCGCUACACGAACCACGUGGUGCUCUGCGCCGCGGGCGCCGGCUGCGACCACAGCACCUGCAGCGGCGGGGCGUUCCUCAUGGCCUCCGCGGGCGUGCACGUCAUGGACUUGGUGCAGGCGGAGGCUCGCUUGUACUCGUCUGAGACCGGCGUGCGGAGGGGACCAGACGGCAUCUACCUCGAUUACAACGAUGGGCAGUUCGAUGAGGGCUGCCCAUACAGACUCGAGGCUGAUCGGCCCGGCGUGCUUGUUGGGGGCACGCUCUACUUCGUCUGCCAGUCGGGUGCCCUGCUGCGGUACGGCUUUCUGGGUAAGCAGAGCCUAUCGCUGAUCAAGCCGCCUCCCGGCAAAUUUCAUGGAAGGGGCACCAUUGUCACGAGGGCGGAGAACGGCGGGCUGGGAUUGGCCACCUUGGGUCGUGACGUGCUCCACCUGUGGUCGACUGAGACCGGUUUUCGCGGAGGUGUCAAAUGGGUGAAGAUGAACGACAUCCAUCUCCAGAAGCUGAUGCCUUUCAAGAGCCCAGCACUUUUGAUUGGAUCCACUGAAGACACCAAUGUUGUUUUUGUGACUUCGGAUGACCAUGGCAUCUUCACUAUUGAGCUCAAGUCAUUGCUGAUGAAGAAGGUGUGCGAGAUGGGCGAGGUCGACGAUGUCUUUCCUUACGUCUGCUUCUAUACCCCAGCUGCUUGUGCUAGAGGCACGUUGCCAGCACCUGUGGGUCCUCAGUGAUCUUCGACAAAUCAUUUGAGGAUAUGACGUGGUAUCAAGAGGGUACUUUUUGGUGGCUGAGAUGCAGAAAUGGAUUACUUGUUGUAGGUUCUUUCCAUUCUGUAUGCUGCGCAUGGGGCCUGUGAUGUGCUCCGGAAGGAAAUUGGCCCUCUACGUGUCAUGCCCUCGUGAAAUGUUAUGUUAACUGGGAACUGAUCUUUGAAGCUGUGAGCUUCCGUCUAUCAUCUGAUUUCUGUAGACAUUAUUCCAAGUGGCACGAAGAGGAAUGAACUCGCCUCUGUUUAAGGAAUUAUUGUUAGCCGUGUUAGUUAAACGUCCGGUUCACAUGCUCCAUGCCGUCGAAACAAGCAGGUCGAUCUUGCCUAUGUUUUGUGUUCGCUAAAAAAUACUCCCUCUGUAAAGAAAUAUAAGAGUGUUUAGAUCACUACUUUACUGAUCUAAUCACACUUAUAUUUCUUUACGGAGGGAGUACCUUUUCAGUGACUUGUGCUCGUGAACUGCUAAAGGC